UUUUUUCUUCUGUUGCGUUUCUACACUUAAUUGCUGUCUCGCAGCGCUUUACACGAAUCAAAGUCUGCGAUGCUCGCGCGAAACGACUGUUUGCUCACAGUAAAGGUAUCGCGCGCAUCUCGCAGUCAGGAUGCAGCAGGUGGUUAUUAAGCAAACAUUCUCCCAUGCAUAAAUCGAAUCGCCGAAAGUGUAACGGCUGUAUAAAGUACGCGCGUUAUUGCUCCGUUCAGCGCGUUUAAUAACGCCGCGGCGCUAAUUCAAUCCCCGCGCGUCCAUAUAAUAUCUGCUGCGUGUAUACGAAAAGGAGAAAAUCAGCUCCCGAUAAACAAGCUCCUCUCGCCCGCAAAAAUCAGCGCGCGCGCGCGCACAGACAUCGCACACGGACGCGACGGGAUACCCCCCCUCCUCGACGCAACGACUCACCUCUCUCGCAGCAGCAGCAGCGCAGGUAUAUACGGUUAUAAUCCUCUUUCUCUCUCCCACCUCGCGUUCGAAAAAAACGCGGACGGUUAAAUCGGCCGCCACGAGAGAGCGAGCGAGAGAGACAGCGAGAACGGCUCAAGAGCGGGGAGCUGCAGCGCGAGAAGCCCUUCGCUCGUGAACGUCCGUGAGCGUUCGGGUGAGCUCGGCGGGCACUUCUCCCGCCGGCGCUCGCUCCGUGACACCGAGCCAGCGAGCGUGUGCGCAGACCGGGCUGCGCAGCAGGCGUGUGCGUUGUCCAGAUUCUUUGUGCCAUUCCUGGCAUACCAAAAACAGAGCCGCUCCGCGCCGCGCACCGACCGACGACGACUACGAUCAUCCGUUCUCUCGCGCGCGCUCUCUCUCUCUCUCUCUCUCUAUCUCUAUCUCUCUCGCUCUCGGGCUCGCGUAUACGUACAGGUACUCGCCGUCUCCGUCUGUUCCUCGGUAGCAGCAGCAGCAGCACAGAGAAUACUCCCGUGUGUGUGCAUACAGCCGGAGCAGGAGCAGCAGUGUACGUUUCGUGUGUGUACCGGUGCGAGGGCGUACGCACGGCGUCCAAGUUAGUGUUGUACGGAGUAUACCGACCAGCUCGCUGCAGCGGACACUCGCUAUAUAGAUACACGUACACGUUCUCGAACACAGUUUCGGCGGUCAGUGUGUCUGAGUGUUUACAUGUGUGCAUAAGAGCAGCAGCAGCAGCGUCUACCUGCAUGUCUCCCGGCACGGACUGUUGUUCCCCGCCGUCGUAGCUCGUUGCGAACAACGGGAGACUGAGUGUGCAGCAUCAGCCGCGAGUAGCAGCGACAUAACCCCAGCAGCAGCGGCGGCGCCGAGGAGAGGCGCGACGACCCACGUCAGCUCGACCUGUGGUGCACCCACGUCGACGUCAUCCUGACCUGCCAGAGAAAUCCUCAUGAAAGACUGGGAACUCAGUACUCAGAAUAGCAUCGGCAGUGCGGUGGCUGCAGCCGACACCAUUUCCUCACCGUGGACCCCCGCGAGUUCCGGGCCGCCGCCCGACGCCAACGGCACCGGCUCGGAUACGAAAAACCUCGACGUUGGCGACAUCAGCGAUGACGAAAAGGACCUAUCGGCGGCGGACGCCGAGGGCGUGUGGUCGCCGGAUAUCGAGCAGAGCUUCCAGGAAGCACUCACCAUAUAUCCGCCAUGCGGUCGUCGCAAAAUCAUCCUCUCCGACGAGGGAAAGAUGUACGGCCGCAACGAGCUCAUCGCCCGGUAUAUCAAGCUGAGGACCGGCAAGACGAGAACGCGAAAGCAGGUCUCAUCACACAUACAGGUCCUCGCGAGAAGAAAACUUCGGGAGAUCCAAGCGAAGCUUAAAGUGGACCACGCGGCCAAGGAGAAGGCGCUCCAGACAAUGUCGAGCAUGUCCUCGGCGCAGAUAGUGUCGGCCGGCAGCGCGAUACACAACAAGAUGCCCCCCGCUCUGGUCGGGCCCUUAGCCCUUCACGCUUCCACCCCCGUCUCCUAUCCCGGAGCGCAAUUUUGGCAGCCAGGUCUGCAACCGGGCACGUCGCAGGAUGUGAAGCCGUUCCCGCAGCCGGCCUACACCGGCAAGCCGGCGACGGCCGUGUCCAGCGGGGAAAUGGUUCAGACGCAACCACCGCCGCCGUGGGAAGGACGGGCCAUAGCCACCCAUAAGCUGAGGCUCGUCGAGUUUUCCGCUUUCAUGGAACAGCAGCGGGAUCAGGAUAACUACCACAGGCAUCUGUUCGUGCACAUAGGCGGCUCGGCAACCUACACCGACCCCCUUCUCGAGGCUGUCGACGUCAGGCAGAUAUACGACAAAUUCCCGGAGAAGAAGGGCGGCCUCAAGGAGCUCUACGACAAGGGUCCCCAGGCGGCCUUCUUCCUCGUCAAGUUCUGGGCUGAUCUCAAUACCAACAUCCAGGACGAGGCCGGGGCGUUCUAUGGAGUGACGAGCCAGUACGAGAGCAAUGAGAACAUGACGAUAACUUGUUCGACGAAGGUCUGCUCGUUCGGCAAGCAAGUCGUCGAGAAGGUGGAAACGGAGUAUGCAAGGUUCGAGAACGGCAGGUUCGUCUAUCGCAUAAGCCGUUCGCCCAUGUGCGAGUACAUGAUCAACUUCAUCCACAAGCUCAAGCACCUGCCGGAAAAGUACAUGAUGAACAGCGUCCUCGAAAACUUCACCAUCCUGCAGGUCGUCACAAACAGAGACACGCAGGAAACGUUACUCUGCACAGCGUACGUCUUCGAGGUCUCAACGUCCGAGCACGGUGCUCAGCAUCACAUAUACAGACUGGUCAAGGACUAGCCUGUUUGAUAAUUCUGCUCGCCGUGCAGCCAUCCACCCCCAUCAGUGCCUAUCACAAACACUAAUCUCACAUGUCAACACUCACACGUACAAGAAACACACACUCACACACGUACACUCAUUAACUACACGCGCUUAAACCUCACACACAGGCAGACAUGACACGAAACACUAGACAGUGAAGCCGAGAGGGCAUAUGCGUUUGUAGCGAAAGCUAAGAGAGAUUUAGAAGAGUUAUCGCGAGGCUAGACCAUUACUGUAUCAAGCGUCAAGAGAGAGAAGUGCAAGUUUUCAAGAUGGGUUAAAGUAAACAUCAAUACACACACACAAGCGCGUGACAGCCAAUCCGCAGAUCCGAGAUUCGAACGAGAAUGAUUGAUAGAGAAUGAGAGAGAGAGAGAGAGAGAGAGAGAGAGAGAGAGAGAGAGAGAGAGAGGGUUGUCGCACAAAAUAAAGGAAAAUUGUUUUUCUUGAGUCGUGUAUCGUCCGCGGCACGGAGCCAUGUGGAACAUGGCGACGGGCCUCUGUAUGCGUAUGUAAUUUGUAAUUUUUAACGGAGGGGAGCGAAAUGAUGUUGGUUCUUCGUUUGAUUGUGAAGGGUGAGAAAAAAAUCGUCGACAAUAAAAGUGUGUUUUUUCCGUUUUUUUCCGAAUACUGAUGUAGUAGUGCGACGAGCGCUCGGGAGAGAAAGAGAAAGAGUGGUUCUCUUCGAGCCUGAAACGAUGAUAAAGAGAAUUGAUUCCGAUGUCUCGGAGCGGCUUGGCGCGAACAUGACUUUAGUAUUAUGGUUUCAUUCUUGGAUACACGGAAAGGAAAAUGAAAACAGAAAACACACAGACACUCGAGUAUACAUAUAUUACAUGUAAGAGUAUAUAUGUAUAUGUUAAAUAUUAACGCAAUGAUUACGAUUCACAUUGUUACAAAUGAUCGUGUAUAAAGCUAUAUAAGUGAUCUUUUAAGUUUACAAACAGACACCGAGGGAAACGUUAAAGAGAUGCCAUUUGCUAAUGUUUAAUAACGGAUUUCUUCAAGUAAUAUCUCUGUUAUUUCUUAUCUUUUUUUUUAAUCGAUCAGUUUUCAGCGCGAAAAAAAGACGAAGAGACAUCUAUACUUUAUACACAUUUAACCAUUGAGCGAAGAGAGAGUAUAAGCAGAGAAAAAGCGUGCUUGUCCAUUUUUUUAAAAAUAAUGCAUCUCGUCUCGGAGAGAGAUAAGAGGGCUCUCGUCGCGAAGCUACCCUUUUUUCACGUUUUCAAUUGUUUUUUUAGAGACGGAUUUUACCUAUACUACAUGUUCGUGCGAUCCCACCCACUUUUUAGGCAUCGAUACGUAGUUUUAGGGAGAUUUGUUUGUAUUCCUUAUAAUCAUCUUUGUACUUCUUAAGGCUACUUUUUUUCUAUAGUUCUUAUACGUCGAUGAAUUUCUUACUUAGCGUACAGUUUGUUUUUACUUUUUAUUACCUUUACAAGAGACAAUAUUCAACCGUGCUGCACCUUUGUCUUCUUUUCAAAUAGACUACCGACUGUAUUUGCGUUUGAGAAAAUCGUGGCUCAAGAUUCGACUUUCGUACUUAACUAAGAGAAAAUACUGAGAAACUUGUCGACACAUCUUCUUUGAGCACCGCUUUGGUUUUAUUCUGCGCAGGAAAAACCAACACGCUCUCAUCUCUUUUUUUACGAUAAACAAAGAAAUUGUUAAUCGAGUGUUUCUUUAUCUCAAACUCAGCGUCUUCUUUCGCGACAGAACUUGCCUACCGAGCAUUAAAAACUAACAUAAACAGAAAAAAAAAGAAAAAUACAGCUUACUUUAAGAUUAUGUUAAUUUAAUUACUGUACUGUUACUUUAAAUAACGUUUACGAACCAAGUGGCAAUGUAUUUUGAUCUCUCUCUUUUAGUCAGAAAUAUGUCUGUUUUUUGUUUUUAAUUCAAGGUGAGAUACAAAUUAUACUGAGUGAUUUAUUAUCGGAUAUAUUGCAAUCGGGAGUUUUAUACGUCCAUUAAUGUGAAAUUUUGAAUCGCUUAGAGGAGGAAAAAAAUGAAAUUGGCAGCUUCUGUAUUUUUAGUUAUUGUUUUAUUUUUAUAGUUUGAUUUAUUGCGGGGUGCUGAGCAAAAUGUAUGUUUGAUCAAAUUCAAAAGCUAUAAACGACGAUCAUGAAUCCAACUGUAACAUUUGCACGUUUAAGAGAGAUUAUCAACGAUUGGCCGUUUUAAUUGUAAAAGCGUAUAGAAACGGUCACGAGUUUGUAUACUCCGUGCAUGCGCAUUGUCCGCGACGCUAAUGAAUGAUCUCUUUUUUUUUUAAAGUUACUUAAGGUCCGUUAAUGCCAAAAUCCGAACAGAAAUUUUUAGCAUCUCUUGGCUAAGAGUCGAGUUAUGUAAAUUUUUCAUGAAAAGAAAAUGUAAUGAUAAUAAAUAAAACUUCACAUUUUGUAUUAUGCAAUGUCUUAUGAACUUAAAGAGUAAAUUUCACUUGGCUUACGUGUGUAUCAUCACACGAAAGUAUAAAAUGGAAAAAAGACCUAUAAAACAUGAAUUCGAUGAAUCAAGCACCGACGCUAAUAUUAUUAACAUUAGAGAAUAAUGAUUUUAAAAUAAGUGAAUUACAUUUAUAAGGAAAGAUUAUGAAAAUAUAUAUUUAUCUAUGUCUUCUGUGAAGAUAGAAAAUAGUACUCUCACACUUCUAUAUUGAUGAUAUCGAAAAAAAAAAUCGGAAUCGAAAGAACUGACAAGGAAUAUAAACAUCAACAGCGGUAGUUUAAAACAAAGAAAAAGCAGCUCGAAACGUGUAUAGAGAAAAAAUAGUACACCCAACAAUCCACAGCACAUUAAAAUUUGUUAAUCAACUUUGUAUAUACUUGCAUAAAGAAAUCUUGGAAAAAAAUUAUAUUGAGAAAAAAAAGAAAUGAAGUUCCAGCGGUCGUUUGAAAAAAUAUAUACAUUUACUAUUUUUUAAUAUGGGAAUUCAAAAAGAUAUAAUGAGCGAUUUUAUCUUAACAUAGCAGCGUUCGUAUCGAAGUGAUUUUCAUAGAAGAUGAGCUGACUUUUGCAAUCCCAUACUCGUUUUUUUCUUUUAAGAAAAAAAGAAAAAUAUCUGGCAGAUUUAGUAUUUUGUUUCAAUCGUGCUUGUUUUUUUUUUUUUAAUUCAUAUCCUCGAACUGCCAUAUCAAAUGAGAAUUGAGCUUGUUCAUAAAGAUAAAGAGACAACAAAUUUUGCGCGAAGAAAAAUUAAGAGUGAAAUUAAUACAAGGUCGUCGAAACUUACUUGUAUAUUAUAUAUAAUUAUCAUAAAUGAAAUGAAACGAGGAUCAAAGUAGUUGAUUUUAACGAGUAAAUGGAAAUAAAUGAAAUGAUAUAUCAUUAAAUUAGAGGUUUAAAAAUAUAAUAGAACUCAGUAUAUGUACAGUAUUUGAAAAACAUGUUUAUAAUUUGUAUGGAAAAUAAAUAAUUGAUAUAAAAAAUAAA